AGUUUGAGAUUUUCAAAAUGAAGCACGGUGUUGGCUUACUUCUUUUUCUUUUUAUCGUACAUGUACAAUGUCUUUCAAUUCUCACAGACAGCAGUGGCCAGAAUAUCACUCAGCUGGACACAAAUGACAUCGACUCGAAAAAUGUGGACGUAUUUCGGCAACUCCUGAACCAAGAAACCAUCAUACGAAUAGCACUGGUGAAAAAUGUUCACUCGCUGAUGAAGGACAUGGUCGACCUGAAACAAAAUAUGGAGACACUGGAAACUUCACAGCAAAAAACAGAAGUAGAGAUCACAGCAUUAAAACAGGAAGUGAACGAACUGAAACGUGAAAACGAGAGACUUAAGCUUGUAAACAGACAAUGUGAAGAAACAUUCAAUAUCGUGAAGGAAAAUUUUACAAAGCUCGAUGAAGAUUUCCAAAGGGGUUUGGAACAGAUUGAGGAGAAAAGAAUAGACUUUGAGAAGAAUACGAGCACGAUACUUGGCGACUUGAAAGUUGAAGUUCGUUAUUUGUCAGUCACUUUGCUGGAUUUGAAUAAACACACCCUAGAGGAAAUUGAUAGAAGUAUUCCAGAAAUGGUCCAGGAAAAGUACGACAUAUUAUCAUUGACAUUGAAUUCUUCACUGACAAAUUUACAAAGCGAUUUACUAGCUACAAACUCCAGACUUACUAGGUCAAUAUCAAAUCUGGAAAACGAUCAGAUUACGAUUAAAUCAUCGAUUGUUGAUGAUUUUAACAAAACCAUAGCCGGUCUACAAAAUGAUGUUAAACAAUCACAGUAUGACCAACUGAAAUUAUCUUCUACUGUCUCAUCCCUUGAGGUGUUCCGAAUGAAUGUUACCAGCAAUCGUUGUGACUUGUCAAAAAGAGUGGCCUUCACCGCUGGAGUGACGUCUACCAGCAGUUCCUGGAACAGCGGAACAUUGGUGUUCACACAAGUCAUCAAUAACGUGGGAGGAGGUUAUAACCCCAACACCGGAAUCUUCACCGCACCAGUGGACGGAGAUUACGUGUUCUACGUCAGUAUCCAAAGUUAUAAUCACAAUCAUGAUAUAUAUGUAGAUAUUGUACUUAACGGAUCUAAAAAGGUUCGAGCGAUGGCAGAAGUGUAUACUUCUGAUGAUGCUUACGAAACUGGUACAAACCUGGUGACUUUGCCAUUGGAUCAGGGAGACACAGUAUGGGUCAAUCAUUAUUCUGGAUCAGGUUAUUAUACCUACAGUGACGCUCCUGUCACCACCUUCUCUGGAUUCUUGUUGUAAACAACUCGAUGCAAUAUUUGAAUGCACAAAACUCAUAUUUUAUUGUAUAAAUAUCGUAUCUUAGAACUUGAAUAAAAGAAUUAUGCAUAGCAA